GUCGCUUCAGCCGUACAGCACACACAAACUGAUCGAGACAGAGACAGAGAGAACAGCAAGAACAAGGCUCUGAAGACUGACCCCGUUUGCAACAGCUUGCAAGUGGAAGAAGAGAAAACUCCAGUGCGAAACAAAAUGUUUGCUGUACUGAAGAACGUUAACUUUGCACCAUUCCUACUGAUGACACUGGCUUAUUUGGCCUCUGCCGAUGAAUGCCGAGCUCCCUGCGACUGCCCGGUGCAGACACCUGUCUGCACUCCCGGAGUCUCCCUGAUCACGGACGGCUGCGGAUGUUGUAGGGUCUGCGCCAAGCAAGUGGGCGAGGUGUGCUCCCGUCGCCAGCCCUGCGAUCACCACAAGGACCUAUUCUGCGACUUCGGAUACGCCACCUACGCCACAGUCGGUGUUUGUGCAGCUAAGGAUGGAGCUCCUUGCAUGAUGGAUGGCGUUGUGUACAAGAGCGGUGAGACUUUUCAGAAUGGCUGCAAGUACAGUUGCACCUGCAUGGAUGGUUCUCUGGGCUGCAUCCCUAUCUGCAGCCCCAGCAUCCGUCUGGCCAGCCCAGAUUGUCCACUACCCAAGAAGGUCAAAGUACCUGGCAAAUGCUGUGAGGAGUGGAUCUGUGAACAACCCACUCAUGACGCUGUAUUUGGGCCUGUGCUGGCAGCUUACAGGGAAGAGGAGACCUAUGGGCCUGACCCGUCCAUGUUCCGUGCCAACUGCCUCAUGCAGACCACUGAGUGGAGUGCCUGCUCUAAAACCUGUGGGAUGGGCAUCUCAACCCGGGUAACCAAUGACAACAGAGAGUGCAGACUGGAGAAACAGUCCAGACUUUGCAUUGUCCGGCCUUGUGAAAUGAACAUAAAAGAGACCAUAAAGAGAGGUAAAAGAUGUAUCCGCACUCCAAAGGUUUACAGACCCACCAAGUUUGAAUUCUCUGGCUGUACCAGCGUGAAGUCCUACAGAACCAAAUUCUGUGGCGUCUGCACCGAUGGCCGAUGCUGCACCCCGCACAGAACCGCUACCCUACCCGUCGAGUUCAAAUGUCCUAAUGGACAGCUCAUGAAGAAGAAGAUGAUGUUCAUCAAGACCUGCGCCUGCCACUAUAACUGCCCCAUGGACAAUGACAUCUUCCAGUCCUUGUAUUACAGGAAAAUGAUGGGCGAUAUGGCCUAAACUAUGCAAUUGAUCCAAUGCCACGUAACUGGAAAGAUUUACCCUCUCGGCUGCAAAGCUCACUGCAUAAAAAAGAGGAAAACACUGACAUGGUGAUGAGAGAAUAAAAACAUGUCACAGCACUCAGCCUAGAUUUUGAAACUGCAUUGCUUGUACACUGUUAGCUGUAAUAUUGUAAAUAAUGUAUAUAUGUGUACAGUUGUCUAAGUUAAUUUAAAUGUGCCUUGUGUUGUUUGUUGGCCUUGCAAAAUGGAUAUUGAGAGGCCAUAAAGAUGAAGUGGAAACCCUUCCAUGAUCAACAGAUUUUAAAUCAAGAUUUAUUUUGAAUUAUCUUUGAUUACUGUAGUUAUAGAUUUGACAAAAUGACUGUUUGAUUAUUUUUGUUUUUGAACAGUUGUUGUAACAUUUGAGAAAUGUAACCAAAAUUUCAGUGUCUGCACUUUUCUAGUUCAGAAUAAAAUAUAUUUUUGAUACAAA